AUGGGGAGUUUUCGUCACUGGAGCAUUUACGUCUUGUAUAGGGUUUUUGGUAUCUCCAUUCUUCUCACACUUUGGCACCUCACCUUUGUUGGUGCAUUUGUUGAUCAUCUUAAUGGAUCCCACACUGCAAGCAUUGACGGUCAAUCAGCACCAGGAGUUUUGUACUCUGAGUUUAGCAUUGACGAUGCUCUUGUUGAAGUUGCGCGCUAUAAAGCCGAACGACCAAAUGAAAGAAAUGGUGUGAAUGAUAUCGUUUACUGCGCUCUCAGAAGAAUAAGCAUGGAUGACAUUGACAUGGUGCACAUGGAGUUCACCUUAACAUUGACUUUGGAACAGCAUUGGGAGGAUCGCAGACUCCAGGACCUACUACCCGUUGACUCUAACGCUACGUACGCUAUCCGUGGGGACUCCAUUGAAAAAGUCUGGGUGCCAAACUUGUUUUUCCCUCUGAUGAAAUCGGGCAAAUUUCACGAGCUAACGACGCCAAAUAAAAUUGUGUUUGUUAACAGGGAAUGGGGCGUGGGAUACAUUAGCAGAUUGACUCUGACCCAGGCCUGCUCAUUGGACCUGCGUUUGUUCCCAUUUGAUGUCCAGCGGUUUGACACUCAUUUAUCUGCAUAUAUGUACACAAGGGAUGAAAUAGAGCUUCGUUGGAUAGAACAGUCGGAACAGGGUCAGCCAUCAUGGCUCAUUGUGAACAACGUACCCCAGUUCAAUUUAUAUGAAGACGAACCGCUCAAGACUAGUAAUUUUACCAUAUCUGAGGUGUAUUAUUACAACUAUACUAUUGAAUACUCCGCACUGAAUGCAUCUAUCUAUUUCUGCCGAGGAACAAGUAGCUUCAUAUUGACACAGUUCUCAAUACCGUUCCUGUUGACCGUACUGUCAUGGGUGAACUACUACUUAGAUCCCGAGCAGACUGCGGCCAGGGUGUCUCUAGGCAUCACUACCGUCCUCUCGGCUGUUACUCAGGCCAGCACUGCACAGCGAGGACUACCCCAGUUGCCAUACAACACGAUAUUGGAUAUAUGGACAGCAGUUUGCUUGGAGAUGAUUAUAUUAGGACUGAUUGAGUAUGCAGUGGUUCACAUGUUGGUGUUUCGCGCCAAAAAAUUUGAGCGAAUGAUAUCUCAGCAGACGACAUCAACGUCCGUAUCGCCUGAGCAUAUAACAGAGAGUUCUUUUAUAACUGAAAGGAAGAUGGACACGCGUAGAUUUUCUUCCAGCGAGAGAAUCCUGAAUGACGAUGGGAGCCAAGCUAAUCUGCCCUCGACAACCAAGACACUCCGAUCUUCAGCCAUUCGUUAUCGAUUCUGGGCUCAUCGGAUCGAUCUUACGUCAAGAAUAAUCAUGCCAGUCGGUCUCUUAAUAACUUUGUGUACUUUUGCUAUUAUUAUUUAUUUGGCAUAAAAACACAUACAAAGUACAGACAUAUACAGUACAAAACAAAAGCCAG